AUGGGGGAACCCCGGGCUGGGGCCCCCCUGGACGAUGGCAGCGCCUGGACAGGAAGCGAGGAAGGAAGUGAGGAGGGCACCGGAGGCAGCGAGGGGGCUGGGGGAGACGGGGGUCCGGAUGCAGAGGGUGUCUGGAGUCCAGACAUCGAGCAGAGUUUCCAGGAGGCGCUGGCCAUCUACCCACCCUGUGGCCGGCGGAAAAUCAUCCUGUCCGAUGAAGGCAAGAUGUAUGGUCGGAAUGAGCUGAUUGCCCGUUACAUCAAGCUGAGAACAGGGAAGACCCGCACUCGCAAACAGGUCUCUAGUCACAUCCAGGUCUUGGCCCGAAGGAAAUCGAGGGAAAUCCAGUCCAAACUCAAGGCUCUGAAUGUGGACCAGGUGUCCAAGGAUAAGGCUUUCCAGACCAUGGCCACCAUGUCCUCCGCCCAGCUCAUCUCAGCACCUUCCCUGCAGGCCAAACUGGGCCCCGCUGGUCCUCAGGCCUCUGAGCUUUUCCAGUUUUGGUCAGGGGGCUCUGGGACCCCCUGGAAUGUUCCAGACGUGAAGCCCUUCUCGCAGACACCGUUCCCCUUGUCACUGACGCCCCCAUCUACUGACCUCCCAGGGUACGAGCCCCCCCAAGCCCUCUCACCCCCUGCCCUGCCCCCACCUGCCCCGUCACCCCCAGCCUGGCAGGCUCGGGCCCUGGGCACUGCCCGGUUACAGCUGGUGGAAUUCUCGGCCUUUGUGGAACCCCCGGAUGCAGUUGACUCUUACCAGAGGCACCUGUUCGUACACAUCAGCCAGCACUGCCCGAGCCCCGGGGCGCCGCCGCUGGAGAGCGUGGAUGUCCGGCAGAUCUACGACAAGUUCCCCGAGAAGAAGGGGGGUCUGCGGGAGCUGUACGACCGUGGACCCCCUCACGCCUUCUUCCUGGUCAAGUUCUGGGCGGACCUGAACUGGGGCCCGAGUGGUGAGGAGGUGGGGGCCGCGGGCAGCAGCGGAGGCUUCUAUGGCGUGAGCAGCCAGUACGAGAGCCUGGAGCACAUGACCCUCACCUGCUCCUCCAAGGUCUGCUCCUUCGGCAAGCAGGUGGUGGAGAAAGUGGAGACGGAGCGCCCCCAGUUGGAGGACGGGAGGUUCGUGUACCGCCUGCUGCGCUCGCCCAUGUGCGAGUACCUGGUGAACUUCCUGCACAAGCUGCGGCAGCUGCCUGAGCGUUACAUGAUGAACAGCGUGCUGGAGAACUUCACCAUCCUCCAGGUGGUGACAAACCGAGACACGCAGGAGCUGCUGCUCUGCACGGCCUACGUCUUCGAGGUCUCCACCAGCGAGCGGGGCGCCCAGCACCACAUCUACCGCCUGGUCAGGGACUGA